CCACCGAACCAAGGCCAAAUCCCAGCCCCCGAGAAAAGUUUUUGUGGGAGAGUCCGGAGAGGAUUUUUUUUGUCGAGCCAUGGACGGACGCGACUCGCACGGCACGUCGUGGGCGGACCAGUGGGACUACAACCCCGAUCCGGCUCCGGCGGAGAGCGACAAGAAGAAGGGCCUCGCGGCGGCCAAGUACAAGGAGAAGAUGGGGGUAGGCCUCGUCAAGACCAAGACCGCGGCAUCGCACGGCGUCAAGAAGGUCAAGGAAGGAACCACCGUCGGCAUCCAGUGGAUCAAGGACAAGUACCACAAGACCACCCAAAAGAACUGAACAUUGGCUUAGUUCCGUCUCUCUGGAGAACAUGUGACAGUUUUUUUUUUUUUUCCUCUUUUUGGUUCUUCCGAUUCUUUCCUUCAUCUGUAUAAUAGAAGACAUAUGCGCCCUUCGCAUGUGUGACCUUUGUAUGAUACGGCUUGACGAUCAUUUUACCUCUUUGGAUUUCUUAGUGGAUUAGAGUUUCCUUUCUUUGAAUUCA